CUUGACGAAAAUGUUCCGGGUCCCGGUCUGCGACGGAGCACCACCAAGAUUCUACAAAUCAAUAUUGGUCUCUACUGUAACCAAGCAUGUGGACAUUGUCACGUGGAGAGCUCGCCCUUGCGCCAGGAAAUGAUGACGGCAGAAACGGCUGCCCAGUGUCUCCGGUUGUUAGAACACUCGCCCUCCGUGACUACUCUGGACAUUACGGGAGGGGCGCCGGAGCUCAACGCACACUUUCGGUACCUGGUCCGAAUGGCCCGGUCCCUUCGACCCGAUCUAGAAAUCAUUGAUCGGUGCAAUCUGACCGUCUUGCAGGAACCGGGACAGGAAGAUCUGGUCGAAUUUCUGAAAGAAAACGGUGUGCGCGUGAUAGCCUCCUUGCCGUGCUAUUCCGAAACGAAUGUCGAUCAACAACGGGGAAGUGGAGUAUUUGAACGAUCCAUUGCUGCUUUGUUGGCGCUGAACGAGGCGGGGUACGCCGUUCCGGGAUCGGGGUUGCAUUUGGAUUUGGUGUACAAUCCGCUCGGAGCCUUUUUGCCUCCGGAACAGACCAAAUUGGAAGCGCAGUACAAAUCGCAGCUGGCCGACAAUUUCGGUAUUUUGUUUGACGCCUUGUUCACCAUGACGAACAUGCCGAUUAAGCGUUUUGCGGAUUUCUUGCACCGCCGUGGGGAGCUCCAGGACUACAUGGAAUUACUGGUGCGCAACUUCAACGCGGGAACGAUAGAAUCUGUCAUGUGUGUGAAUACCGUAUCCGUCCGUUGGGAUGGCAAGGUGUUCGACUGCGAUUUCAAUCAGCAAUUGGGUUACGGUAUGGGUAAGGAUUUGACCGUGUUUGAUGUGGAAUCGUUGGAGGAGUUGCAAAAGCAUGAGAUUCGGACGGACAAUCAUUGUUUUGGAUGUACGGCCGGUAUGGGAUCGAGCUGA